CAGACGUCUCCCUCCUCCGAUCUGUGCUCUCCUCCUCUUCAUCCACUGCGGAACAUCGGCCUGUUCUCCUCCAAACCCUCCGCCAGCGGCAGACCCAGCUCGCCAUGGACAACUCCGGCAAAGAGAAGGAGGCCAUGCAGCUGAUGGCUGAAGCCGACAAGAAGGUCAAAGCGUCCGGAUCCUUCCUCGGGGGGAUGUUCGGGGGGAACCAUAAGGUGGAGGAUGCCUGUGAAAUAUACGCCAGAGCAGCCAACAUGUUUAAGAUGGCAAAGAACUGGAGUGCUGCGGGGAAUGCUUUCUGUCAGGCCGCUCGGCUCCACAUGCAGCUGCAGAACAAACUGGACUCCGCCACCAGCUUUGUCGACGCCGGCAACGCCUAUAAGAAGGCAGACCCACAGGAGGCCAUCAACUGUCUAAACCAGGCCAUUGACAUCUACACUGACAUGGGUCGUUUUACCAUCGCAGCCAAACAUCACAUCACUAUAGCGGAGGUUUAUGAGGCGGAGCUGGUUGAUAUUGAGAAGGCCAUUGCCCACUAUGAGCAGGCAGCAGACUACUACAAGGGAGAAGAAUCUAACAGCUCAGCCAACAAAUGUCUUCUGAAGGUGGGACACUACAGCGCUCAGCUGGAGCUGUACCCGAAAGCUAUUGAAAUCUAUGAACAGGUGGCUAUGAACACCAUGGACAAUCCUCUGUUGAAGUACAAUGCUAAAGAGUAUUUCUUCAAGGCUUCACUCUGUCACUUCAUAGUGGAUGAACUGAACGCCAAGUUGGCCAUAGAAAAGUAUGAGGAGAUGUUUCCAGCCUUCUCAGACUCCAGAGAGCUCAAACUCUUAAAGAAACUCCUAGAUGCCCACGAGGAGCAGAACAGCGAGGCGUUCACGGAGGCCGUUAAGGAGUUUGACUCUGUGUCUCGUCUGGACCAGUGGUUGACCACGAUGCUGCUGCGCAUCAAAAAGACCAUCCAGGGAGACGCCGGGGACCUGAAAUAGACAUGUUUACAGAUUGGGGAGUCAGGGCGAGACAAGGGAAAGGGAGGGGGUUAAAGAGAGAAGAAUUAUCAGGAUAGUAACGAAAUUAGUAACUAAAUGAAAGGAAGGGAGAAUGACGGGCAGUGUAAAGAUGUGUUUUGGUGGAAGAAAGGUCUAUAACAAGAGAGGCAGAGAGACGGACA